UCGCUGCGUAAACUGACGUGUGCCUGAAUGUUACAAAUGUUUUAUCUGCCUUUCGCAGUUUGUUUCUUCAUUUAUUUGUAAAUUAAACCAGACUUGUCAGAGCCGUUAUAGUUUUUCAGCGAACAAAGACCGAAGUAGAAAUGCUCCUACAAACUUAUAUUUACCUUACGAUCUAAUGGAAGCUUCACUGCAUCAGGUCUAUACGAAAUAAUAUAGAGUAAAUGCUUUGUAUCCGUGGAUCUGUAGUAAAGUAAAGUGUUCACGAUACACAAUGCUUAACAAACAAAAUAUACAUACAUACGGUUUAAUAAUAACAACACAAUGGAGGCUCCAGUAUUACCACGUCUAGGGUAUGGAUUGCACAUAUCUUGUUCGGGCUGUCAAUCAUGUCUGCCUAUCACCAAAAGUACGCCCAACUGAUCUUUAAAGUAGGAGGUGCCUUUUUUCUCCUGACUUGUAUCCUGUUUGUGCACCAGACUAUGCGAGUUGUUGGCGUAUUCUUGAACAGCGAAUCCAGCUUGGUGAUAACUUCGGCUUUGAAGCCCGGUGCAGGAGGCUCUGCAGACGUUAUGGCAAGCCAGGCAAAGAAACGGUGUAUGUGGAAGUUUGUGGCUGUCCUAGUAGUGGUAGUCCUGUUCUUCACAAUCAGCUUUAUAAUAGGCUGGGCUGCUAGAAGGUGCCAAAAGAAUUCAAAUGCUGCCUUUACUAGUACUCUGCAUAAUUUGUUGUCUGAAAUUAAGUCUGAGAAUAUCAGGAACUUUCUGCGUAAUUUUACGAAGCUUCCUCACCUGUCUGGGACAGAGCAGAACCUUCGCUUGGCAAGACAAAUGCAAGCUCAGUGGAAGGAAUUUGGCCUGGAUUCAGCAGAGCUCGUUCAUUAUGAUGUUCUCUUGUCUUAUCCCAAUACAUCUAAUCCUAACUACAUCUCUAUAAUAGAUGGGGAUGGCACUGAGAUAUUUAAUACUACUUUGUCUGAGCCCAUACCAGAAGGAUAUGAAAAUGUUGAGGACAUUGUCCCCCCUUAUAAUGCAUUCUCUGCUCAAGGGGAGCCUGAGGGAGAGUUGGUAUAUGUGAACUACGCCCGGAUAGAGGACUUUAUCAAACUAAAACGUGACUUGAAAGUCAACUGCACGGGGAAAAUUGCCAUUGCCAGAUACGGAAAAAUCUUCAGAGGAAACAAGGUAAAAAAUGCCAUGGAUGCUGGUGCCAUUGGACUUAUCCUGUUCUCAGACCCAGCCGAUUAUUGUGCUCCAGGAGUAGAUGUAUAUCCAAAGGGAUGGAAUCUCCCAGGUGGUGGAGCCCAGCGUGGGAAUGUGUUAAACCUGAAUGGGGCAGGAGAUCCCUUAACUCCUGGUUACCCUGCAAAAGAAUAUACUUACAGAUGUGCUGCAGAUAAAGGAGCUGGUCUUCCUAAAAUCCCGGUUCAUCCGAUCGGUUAUGAUGAUGCAGUUCAGCUACUGAGGAAUAUAGGAGGAUUGGAAUCAUCAUCUGAUUGGAAAGGAAGCCUCAAUGUUUCAUAUAAUAUUGGUCCUGGUUUUAAGGAUAACUCCACAGAUAAAGUCCGGAUGCAUAUCUAUACUAACAACAAUGUGACAAGAAUUUACAAUGUAAUUGGCAAGAUACGUGGAGCUGUGGAACCAGAUCGGUACAUAAUACUAGGAGGGCACCGUGAUUCAUGGGUUUUUGGAGGUAUUGAUCCAACCAGCGGUGCAGCAGUACUCCAUGAAGUCGCGAGAAGUGCUGGAACGCUAGUGAAGAAAGAUAUCAGAUACAUGGAUAAAGUUUUCACAGCCAAAGCUAAUCAAUUCAACAUCACUAGGGAACAACUAGCCGCCCUUAAUAAUGUGCGGUCUACUUCUGUUAGAAUCAUAAAGCCUGAUAAAGGAGGAGGGUUGGUCAUACUUGAACAGAUUGAUUACGUAGAGAGAAUGUAUAAAGUGUUGAACUCUCCAGCAUAUGAAGCUACCACACUAAAUGAGCUGAAUACCACCUCUAACAGAAUCAGGGGUUACUUCAGAGAUCUGUUCAUUGAAGGGAGAAUAGAUUUAGACACCUUUAACUACAUAGACAUCUUGCAUCCUAAGUUACCCGUAAUGUUUGGCAUACCUAAGGUACAUAAAAACCUUAGUGACCCACCGAUGCGAGCUCUGAUUGAUGGGAGAGCCUCACUAUCCUACCCUUGUUCCAAAUUUAUUGAUUCCUUGCUCUCGAAAUAUUUGGAAGGUAUCCCGAGUAUAUGCAAGGACUCCUGGUCUCUUUUGACUAAUUUGAAUGACAUUAAUAUAGACGACACCAUCAAUUUUCUUACAAUUGAUGUUGUCGAUCUAUAUACCUCCAUUCCACACCAGGAGGCAGUGGAAUGGAUUGACUUGCUUCUAACAAAUUUGGGAGCUUCUAAAAAUGACAUCAACAAUAUCACAGAACUACUGGAUAUUGUACUAUCUUCCAAUUUUUUCCUUUUUGAAAAGGACUUGUUUAUUCAAAAGCAAGGUGUAGCUAUGGGGUCUCCUUGUGGGGCCUCAGUAGCGAAUUUAUUUAUGGCAUAUUGGGAGAAACAAUUCAUUUCAAAUAACAUUGCUUGGAAGGACGAGCUCGUUUUCUACACCCGUUUUCUUGACGAUGUGUUUAUCCUUUUUAAGGGUAAUUCUGAAAGGGCCAAAGAGUUUGUUGAUUUUUUGAACCAAACUACAACUUUUCUUAAGUUCACCUAUAAUUUUGCCACAGACACUAUUGAUUACCUUGAUGUUAGGCUGACAAGGGACACCACGUCCACUAAGUUAAAAUCAGUCAUUUUCAGAAAGGACACUUAUGUCAAUUCAUUCUUGCACUUUUCCAGUGCACAUCCUUUCAAACUUAAAAGAGCCAUAGUCAAGGGUCAGUUAGUGAGGGCUGUUAGAAUGUGCACAGAUCCAUCCGAUUUUUUAUCUGAAUGCACAUUUCUGAAAGGCUUAUUUCUGAACCGUGGUUACCCCCUUCAGUUAAUUGAAGACCUGAUAGAAGAGGUGGAAUCCAAGAGAACUAAUGGUUUUUACAAUCCUAUUCUGUUCAGUCCACGAGCUGUGAAUGCCGAUUUGCCAAUAUGCCGUGAUGGUCAAGCUAUUUCACCUAUUCAGUCUAGGGUUACAUCUAUGGAUGGGGUUACUUCAAACGAAUACCCGUGUAGCUUUAUCACCACAUUCAAUAUCAAUUCCUACUCAAUACAGGAAAUAUUGAAUAAGAACUGGCACUUCAUUUCCAGUACCCCUUUGCUGGUGGAAAAACUGGGAGAAAAACCCCGUACUGUUUAUAAAAGGGGCUUGAAUAUUAAGGAAUUACUGCAAAAACAUCCAAGCCAGGAAAUGCAGAGCAGAACUAAAGGAUCUUUUGCAUGUGGCUUUUGUAACCAAUGUUCCUGUAUAAGGACCGGUAGCUCUUUCUCUAUCAAGGGGAAGAAAUUUGAUAUUUUCCACAGGAUUACCUGUAAUACCAAAUUCAUAGUUUAUGUAGCGUUCUGCUCCUGCUGUGCAGCAUAUUAUGUUGGUAAGACUGAUAGAAGAUUCAAGGACCGUAUCUACCAGCAUAAUUAUGCUAUCAAAAAUAAGAAAUGUGAGAACGCUCUGGCCAAACAUUUAGAAAAUGCAAAAUUGCUACAAGAACGUGGAGUUGCUUACGUCAAUGCAGAUUCUGCUGUAGAAGGAAACUACACAUUGAGAGUGGACUGCACACCCUUGUUUUACAAUCUGGUGUAUGACUUAGCUAAAAAGAUCGCUAGCCCAGAUAAUGGUUAUAAAGACAAGACUUUGUAUGACAGCUGGUUUCAAAAAGAUCCAUGGACAAAAUACAACCCAUCAGUACCAAAGAUAAAUAAACUAGGGUCUGGCAGUGAUUUUGAAGCAUAUUUCCAGCGUCUUGGUCUUGCCUCGGGGAGGACACGUUAUACGAAAAACAGUAAAACUGAUAAGUACAGCAACUACCCAGUUUACCACAGUGUGUAUGAGACGUUCGAAUUAGUGGAGAAGUUUUAUGACCCCACAUUCAACCAACACCGUGCAGUAGCUCAGAUGCGAGCAGGCUGGGUAUAUGAACUUGCAGAUCGACCAGUUUUACCCUUUAAUGCCAUUGACUAUGCAAAAGCCUUGAAAAGCUAUGUAGAGGAAAUCUCUAAUGUUGCAAAGGAAAAACAGAUUGAUGUUUCUUUUGAUUCUCUUUUUUCUGCUGUUGAUAAUUUUACAGAAGCUGCUACUGAAUUCCACCAAAGAUUGUCUAAGCUGGAUACAAACAACCCAAUUGCUUUACGAAUCAUGAAUGACCAGAUGAUGUAUUUAGAAAGAGCCUUUGUUGAUCCCCUUGGUUUGCCAGGAAGACCAUUCUACAGGCACAUCAUUUAUGCUCCCAGUAGCUAUAACAAGUACGCAGGAAUAUCCUUCCCAGGAAUAUAUGAUGCUUUAUUUGAAAUAGAGAGCGAACAUGAUCAGCAGAAAGCUUUGAAUGAAGUAAGAAGACAAAUCUCAGUUGCGACCUUUGCAGUACAAGCUGCUGGAGAGACUUUACGAGAGGUUGCAUGAGAGUUCUGCGUCAGCAUACAGAGGAGAAGCACAUGUCAAACAUACCGUUAAGAAAGACAGAGCAGGUCAAGAUUUAUCUUUUUUUUUUUUUCUUCACACAACAGAGAGUGAAACUUUUCAUGAUUAAUGAAGUAUUCCAGACUUGUCCUACUUUCUUCAAAUAUAAACAAGAAUAAAGACUCUGAAGACAGUUCAUUGGGUACGCACCAUUAUAAUGUUGAAUUUUCCCACAUUUUAAUUCCAAAAAAAUCACAGUGCCUUAUUGGAAUUUGUAAAUUUCUGCUUUUGUAUUGUUUAUUUGCUGUUCAUGGCUACAUCACUGUAAUUCUGUGUAUGCCAUUAAAUUAUUAGUGAGGGCAAACAAGAUUGCUGUAUUUCCAAAUUUUGAUACUUGAGAUUUUUUUUAUCCGCAGGGUAUUUUAAUAAAUAUUUUGUCAUCUGAA